GGCAGCUGUCAGUAAUGGAAAUUUAAGCAAGUUUGGCAAACACAAAUAUGAAAUUAAGCGUUUUGUUUAUCAUGAUGCAGUUGCUGCUGCUGGUGGCCAUACAAGCGAAUGACCUUUCACUGGAUCAGCAGGAGAUGUCAGUCAGCUUGCAGGAUUUGCAAAGGGAGCUGGCGAAACCAUGGAGCUCCAAUCCAUGUAUCAACAAUUGCCUCGAGGAGAUGGGAAGCUUGGUGGAACAACCAGGCGAAUGUCAGCAGUUCGAGCAGCAAUUCGACUGUACACUAUACUGCAUGUUUGUGGGUCCCAGUCCCAGUUCCAGUCUCCCUAUUAAGCCAUAAAGUGUAAAUGCAAAUACGCACAGGUUUGUUAGCCAUUAAACCAAUUAUAGCCAUCCGCACGUUGCUGCCAAUAAAAAACCCGUU